AUGUGCAGGGCCCGGUGCCGAAGGAGGUGCUCCGGCCGAGGCCCAACUACCCGGUGGACCUGCCGGACCUCGGAGGUUGCAGAAGCUACGGGCGUGGACCGUUUCCUUCGACUCCGCAGAAUGUCUAGGCUUAUUCGGUCGUUCGUUCGAACUUUUCGUCAGCUUGUUCCCACCUCCGCCGCAGGUCACCGGGCACGCGGUGCCGACAGAGCUGCAGGAACGCUGCGCGGAGCUGCAGCGGCGCUUCUUCGCGCUGCCCUCCAGCGUCAAGGACCGAGCGCCUGGCGCUGUCCGAGGAGAGCCCCGUGCGGGGCUACUUCGGGGUGGGUGGCGAGGACCUCGACCGGGUGCUCAACGAGGACCUCGGGGGUCGACAAGGCCGAUGGGCAGAAAGUCCAGAAGCAAUCCCGGAAGGACAAGAAGGAGUCUCUGGACACGAACGGUGUGCCGUGGUCGAUUCCAAGCGGGGGCAGCGUGGCGCGCAUGUUCGGGCAGCCUUCCGUGCUUCCAGAGGAGGACGAGCUCCCGGGCUUCCGCGCGGCGCUGGAGGAGUACGCGGCCGAGAUGUUCAGGCUCUCGAAGAAGCUCCUCUCUAUCAUGGCUCGCGUGCUCGGCCACCCCGCUGACUUCUUUGACCAGUACCUCACAGCGCCCGUAGCCACGCACCGCCUGCUGCACUACUGGCCCCUCGAGGAUUUCCAGACCGAGAUUGGGGUGGGCGAGCACACAGACUACGGCCUGCUUACCGUUCUCGCGCAGGACACCGUGGGUGGCCUGCAGGUUCUCAAUGCCAAAGAUGGCAGGUGGGUUCAUUGCGUCCCCAUCCCCAACGCCUUUGUUGUCAAUCUGGGGGACAUGCUGGCCCGCUGGACGAACCACAAGUUCAAGUCCACGAUCCACAGAGUGGUUACCAUCAGCAGGAAAGAGCGCUACUCUGUCCCGUUCUUCCUGGAGCCGAACAUGGACGCCCAGAUCGCGCUCGGCGGCAUUCUGCCAGCGGGGGAAGCCCCUGCGGCCCCCGGUGACACCGCGGAGGACAUCCUUGAGCGCUUCUACAGGGCCUCCGGGCAGCUGAAGCCCCGCGGCGCCGCGGGCGCCCCCGCGCCCCCGCGGGAGUCCGAGGCUGGCGCCGGGGCGGCCCACGGGCAGCCCAGCUUCGAGCCACCGCCGAGGGUGUCCUCGCAGUGA